AUGAGAGUGGCGGUGGUGGGCGCAGGCGUCAGCGGGCUGAUGGCCACCAAGUGCUGCCUGGACAAGGGGCUGGAGCCCACCUGCUUCGAGCAGAGCCAGGACAUCAGGGGGCUCUGGCACUACAUGGAGCAUGUUGAGGCUGGCCGGUCAGGCCUCUACCUGUUGGUCAUCAGCAACACCUCAAAGGAGAUGUCAGCGUUCUCCGACUUUNNNNACCCUGAGGACUUGCCGCUGUUCCUGCCCAACGCCCAGCUCCUGGACUACCUCUGGCGCUACGCUGAGCACUUUGGCCUCCAGGAGCACAUCAAGUUUGGGACCACUGUUGUCAGGGUCCAGAAACACCCCAACUUUGCCACCAUGGGCCAGUGGGAUGUGGUUAUGGAGGCGGAUGGGAAGCAGACAUCGCGCGUCUUUAAUGCCAUUAUGGUUUGCAGCGGCAAUUUCUCUGAGCUGUCCCUCCCCCUGCACUGUUUUCCCGGUAUUGAGAGGUUUCAAGGCCAGUACUUUCACAGCCGGCAGUACAAGCAUCCCAACAUGUUUCAGAGGAAGCACGUCCUCGUGGUCGGCAUGGGCAAUUUGGGAGUGGACAUCGCAGUGGAGGUCAGCUGCGUAGCUGUGAAAGUGAUUGUUUGUACCAGUCGAAGCGCAUAGGUGCUCAGCCGCAUGUUUGACCACAGCUACCCAUGGGACAUGGUUUUCAACACUCGCCUUAUGAGCUUGAUCAGAAACAGGCUCCCUGGAUCUCUUUCAUGGGGGUUGAUUAACUACAGCGUGAACCAGUGGUUCAAGUAUGAAAACUAUGGCCUUCAACCAGAGAAAAGCUGCCUGGUGCACGAGCCCGUGCUGAACGAUGACCUUCCAAGCUACAUCCUGACGGGGAGGAUCACCAUAAAGGCAAGCGUGAAGGAGUUCAUGGACCACUCAGUUGUCUUCCACAAUUGCCCUGAGAAGGAGCCCAUCGAUAGUGUCAUCUUCUGCACAGGCUACAAUGUCUCCUUCCCAUUCCUAGAAGAAGCAGAUGUCAAGCUGGGAAACAAGCACGCGUCCCUCUAUAAAUACGUGUUCCCAAUCCACCUGCAGAGGCCCACCCUAGCUGUCCUUGUGCUGAUUAAGCCAUUAGGAGCCAUCAUGCUCGUGACAGAGAUGCAAGCACGCUGGGUGACCCAUGUCUUCAAAGGCUUGUGUCAGUUGCCUCCUCAGUCUGUCAUGGAGAAGAAAGUAAAUGAGAAGAAGAAAAACCAAGUUCGAAGUUCAUUAAGGUUUGGUCUGUCCUUUGAUGAAGUCCUCAAAACCGAUUGCCUGGUCUACACGGACACACUCACCUCCUUCAUCGGCGCCAAGCUCAACGUGCUGGGGCUGCUCUGCAGAGACCCUCGGCUGGCCCUCACCAUAUUCUUCAGCCCCUGCCCCCCCUACCGGUAG